ACCCCUUCCUCCUUCUCCUCUUCCUCCUCCUCGCCCGCCCCGGCUGCUGCCCGGCUCCCGCUCUAUGCGGAGGCGGAGCGGGCUCGGCCAUGAGUCGGGCUCUCCUGCGGAGCCCGGGGCUGCUGCUCCUCUUCCUGUGGACGCGCAUCGCCAGCACCAUCCCUCCCUACGUCCAGAAGAUGGUUGAUGGAACUCCAGUCACCGAGGAAAAUGGCGCCAUAAAGUCUGCACUCCUCUGCAAGUUUUGUGAUGUACAAGCAACCAACUGCACCAACGACAGGAAUUGCUUCAGUUACUGUGGCAUCACAGCGAUCUGUGAACAAGUCCAUGAAAUCUGCGUGGCCGUGUGGAGGAAGAAUGAUAAAAAUGUAACCAUGGAAACCCUCUGCCAUGAUCCUAGUCUCAAGGUCCAUGGGUUUGCCCUGGAGGAUUCUAAUUCUGACAAAUGCAUAAUGAAGGAAAAAAAGGUUCCUGGUGAGACCUUCUUCAUGUGUUCCUGUAGGAAGGAGGAAUGCAAUGACAUCUUACAAUUCUCAGAAGAAGUUGUGGACCACUUGGAGCUAAUGGCCAUCAUCUCCAAAGUGACCGUCAUCAGCCUCCUUCCACCCCUGGGCAUCGCUAUUGCUGUGAUUGUCAUCUUCUACUGCUACCGGGUGCACCGUAGGAGAAAGCUGAGCACCGCCUGGGAGACCAGCAAGCCGCGGAAGCUCGUGGAAUGCAGUGAGCGCUGUGCCAUGAUGAUGGAUGAUGACCGCUCAGACAUCAGCUCAACCUGCGCCAACAACCUCAAUCACAACACAGAGCUGCUGCCCAUCGAGCUAGACACCCUAGUAGGGAAGGGGCGCUUUGCCGAGGUCUACAAGGCCAAGCUGAAACAGAACACGUCAGAGCAGUUCGAGACGGUGGCGGUCAAGAUCUUCCCCUAUGAGGAAUAUGCCUCCUGGAAGACGGAGAAGGAGAUCUUCUCGGACAUCAACCUCAAGCAUGAGAACAUCCUUCAGUUCUUGACGGCGGAGGAGCGAAAGAUGGACUUGGGAAAGCAGUACUGGCUCAUCACUGCCUUCCAUGCCAGGGGCAACCUGCAGGAGUACCUCACCAGGCAUGUCAUCAGCUGGGAGGACUUGUGGAAGCUGGGCAGCUCCCUGUCCCGGGGCAUCGCCCAUCUCCACAGCGACCACACCCCCUGCGGGAGACCUAAAACGGCCAUUGUGCACAGAGACCUGAAGAGCUCCAACAUCCUGGUGAAGAAUGACCUGACCUGCUGCCUCUGUGACUUUGGGCUGUCCCUGCGGUUGGACCCUACCCUCUCGGUGGAUGACUUGGCCAACAGUGGCCAGGUUGGGACAGCAAGAUAUAUGGCUCCGGAGGUUUUGGAAUCCAGAAUGAACUUGGAGAACAUGGAGUCCUUCAAGCAAACAGAUGUGUAUUCCAUGGCUCUGGUUCUCUGGGAAAUGACAUCUCGCUGCAACGAGAUAGGAGAAGUCAAGGAGUAUGAGCCGCCGUUUGGUUCCAAAGUGAGAGAGCAUCCCUGUGUGGAGAGCAUGAAGGACAACGUGCUGAGAGACCGCGGACGGCCCGAGAUCCCCAACACAUGGCUCAGCCACCGAGGCAUACAGAUGGUCUGUGAGACUCUGGCCGAAUGCUGGGACCACGAUCCAGAAGCGCGACUGACCGCUCAGUGUGUGGCCGAGCGUUUUGACGAGCUGGGCGACCUGGACCGGCUGUCGGGGAGAAGCUGUUCGGAGGAGAAAAUCCCUGAGGACGGCUCCCUGAGCCCCACCAAGUAACCCCGGGCUGAGCUCGUGGUGAGGGCAAGGACGCUGCCCAUCUACUCCGAAGGCCGAAGGCAGGAAAACGCCGUCUGAUAGUGCCUUGGCCUGGCUUCCUGUGAAACCGAGGGGGUCCCUGCACUCCCCUGAAGCCGGGGCUCUGGAGAGGAACUCGCUUUGGUGGCAACCAGCAGCAGGCGGGGAGUGGGUGACAUAAAGCAUUCUACGCCUGUGACAUUGUCAUAGGAUAAGCUGUGUGAGCGCUUCCUCAGGAAAUGAGAUUUUUUUCCCCCUUUCCUUACAAUAGCCAAUAACAAUUGCACUUUAUUAAUGCCUGUAUAUAACUACGGAAUAGCUAUGUUUUAUAUAUAUAAAAAUAUAUAUUAUAUAUAUAUAUCUAUAGUUCUAUCUACAGCCAUACUCUGUAGCGACAGAGAGGAGAAUGCCAAGGAGAUUAUCACCGUAUCAGAGGAAUGAGGGACGAGAGGGCCCCUCAGACAGCAUUAGCUCCUCGCCCCUCCCCUCCAGUAGAGAGGCAGACCGCCGCCGAGGAGUGGACUGCGGCCUCCCACACCCCUGCUAUUUCCCACAUUUCCCAAGAAUGCCAAAGCUCACUCCUGGCCCAGAAUAGCCGUUCUUAACUCUUGUUCCUCUGUGCUGUUUCGGGGUUCAUGUGGUUCUUUGGUGGGCUUCCGACGGACUCCUCCUGGCCCCCAAGUUUGGGAUCACCUUCCUUAGAGGAACUCUCAGGCUCUUGCACCCAUUCACCAUUGGCCAGGAGCCCUUCAGCAACUGGAGCCCAACGUAAUCACAGGCUAAAGAGAAAUGUGGAGAGCGGCUCCCUCCGGGCCCCCACAAAAUCAGCCCAAGCCAGACAGAUGUUUUCCAUUUGCCUUACCUUAUAUUACGUGGUUGUGACUUUCUUUAUGAAGAAAUUAUCAUGAGUAUUUUGCUCCUGAGCCCUCCACCACAGCAGCCCCCCCAGAUCAUUUGGCCAAAUCUCUGCUCCCUAACCCCACCAGAUGUGCAUCCUGUGUCUUGAACUCCGUUAUUUUAGCCUCUAGUUUUCUAUGCAAAAGCCAAUGAAUUCCAUCUCUCCCCACCCCUUGAAUGCACUCGGACACUUUGGCAUUAUGGAAAGGAGAUGAUAGAUGAUAUUGCUGUAGGCCUGCUUCCCUAGACCUUACAGGAAAUAUAAGCCCUGCUCUAACUCUGAACUUGCAAUAAAUUUUCCUCUGGUGA